ACACAAGGGCAAUUAUGUAUUAACGACGACAAGAUUGUAAUCAUUAAGACAUUGCGGAACGUCGCACAAGAUUUAACUAGAUUAUGUGGAAUUAAGGAGACAACUUCUAAUUGAAAUAAACACAAUUUCAAAAUGUUUCUUAAUUCUUUCCGCUUAUUGUGGCUAUUUAUUGUCAUCCCUAACGUGACGCCUGUUGGAAGACAACUUGACCCCACUUGCAGCGUGGAUUGGAACCUUGCAGGCAAGACAAGCGAAGAGAUUGUUUUUGACCUUUCUUGCAAUGUGACUUCGGGCUGGAUUGGUUUGGGCUUGUCCCGCAAUGGGGCAAUGUCGGGAGCUGACAUCGUCACGGCACGGUUACUUCAAAAUGGAACCAUUAUUUUGGAUGAUCGACACGGAGUUGGGAACCAGAAGCCAAUCAGAGAUAUCAAGAGUGACUACAAGCUUCUUGCCUCAAGCAAGAACUCAAGUCAUACGACCGUAAAGUUUUCUAGGUUGCUGAAUACAUGCGACAAAGAUGGUGACGUAGAAAUUACGGACGAUACACUAAAACUUAUUUGGGCGUGGGGUGCUUUAGGGCCUGCAGAAAAUUUGACGCAGCAUAAACCUACAAAUCGCGGUGCCAUUGUUGUGAACCUUUUGGACAAAAAAGUUACUCCACCGCCACCAAUACAUUCCUCAAUUAAUUUGGGUCAAACUGUGACGUUAAAUUCGAAUGCAACGUUGUACACGUGUAAAAUACAUAAGUUAUCUGUCCAGCAAAAAAACCAUGUCAUUGGGUAUGAGGUAUAUUUCCAAGCUCAGGCUAAGCAAUAUGCUCAUCAUGCAAGUGUCCUAAGUUGCACACCUCCAUCCGGUGCUUCCGCAGAUCAGUUCUUCUCCCAGUAUGCGGAUCAGGAGUACGAUUGCUACUACACAGACAAGUAUUUUCCCACGGAACAUUGCAAAUUUUUCGAAUUUCAAUGGACACUGGGGGGAGUGCCGACCUAUUUUCCAGAGGAGUUGGGGGUUCCGAUAGGAGAACAAAAGGACCAAUAUUACAUGACCAUGUUUCAUAUAAAUAAUCCCUUGAAAGAGAAUGGGUUGGAGUUUAGACUGGGAUUCAACCUAUUCUAUACUCAGCAGUUGAGAAAACAUGACAUUGGCUUUCUCCAGUUGGGAUUAAAUUCCUCUCGUGCUUACUCCUUAACUGUACCACCAAACUCAGCAAAGUAUGUGCUAAGUUCUCACUGUCCUGGGGAUUGUACUAAAAUAUUGCCUACAAGUGGCAUUCAAGUGUUUGUGUACCUGCUUCACUUUCACCUUUCUGGGAAAAAAAUGAAAAUUCGUCAUUUUCGUGAGGGUGUUGAGCUUCCUUGGAUUGGGUAUGAUGGCAAUUACGAUACCAAUUUUCAGAUGAGUAGAAUGAUGAGGAAACACGUUACAGUGUUACCGAAUGACCAUAUUACUGUGGAAUGCGAAUUUGGGACUAAGGAAAAGUGGUUGAACGGAUCUACCGUUAUUGGGGGUCGUGGAAUCGGUGAAGAAAUGUGUCAAGCCUUCCUUAUGUAUUACCCUCGAACAAAGGAAUUGAACAGAUGUGGGUCUAGUGUCGAGCAUGAGCAGCUUCUCAAAUUUAUGGGAAUUGACAAAGUGAAAAUGGAUAAGGCUGAAAAUGAUCCCAUGGUUUUAACACCACCCACAUUAGCUGGGAAACGUUACAGUCAAGUGGUAUCAGGGAUUAAUUGGACCACUGCUCUUAGAGACAAUUUCCAAAAUAUGACAAAAUAUGGACCACAAACAGCAGUAUGUCAAGGAGUGACAUCAGAUAAAAAAUUUAAUGUCAUUGCCAAAUAUCCAGUUAUAAAAAAGGACUAUGUACCAAUCAACAAAUGCGAUGGAAAGGGAGGUCAUUCUGCAUGCCAUAAAUUCAAGGUUUCAUUCAUACUGUUGCAGAUAACUUUAAGUAUCCCGUUUUUGGUUUUUAUGGUGUUAAGCUAAGUCGAAUAGCUUGUACAUCUACUCGGGAAAUUUAUAUAUAUUAUGCAAUCAUAUUUUAUGUAAAAGUGAACAAUAUUAUGUAAUAAGCAUGGAACGUAUGAAAACAAGUCGAGAAAUCGAAUAAUAACAAAUAUAAGUAUUUAUGUGUAUAUAUUUGUGUACAUACAUAUAUGUAGAUCUGUAUUGUAAUUGGUCGCAACUGAAGAUAUAAAUGUUAACAAUCGUGUGUUAAA